AUGGCACCUCCCUUUCCCCUGGCUGGAUGCAAAAUCCAGGAUAUCUCUCGAAUCCGGCUUUUGGGUGCUAUACAUUCCGCUCCAGUUGUCUAUGGACAGGAAGGUGCAGUUUUAGUGCGAGUUCAUGAAUCUGCCGUGCUAAAGUACGGUAACGGAGUGUCCCUAGCCGAGGCGAGAAAUACAAAAUUUAUUCGUAAGAGAACAAGGAUACGAGUGCCUAUGAUUUUUGAUGCAUGGGAGGAGCGCUCCGUAGUAUAUAAUGGCGAGGAACAAGUGGUGGGUUACAUUCUGAUGGAGUUUAUCAACGGUAGCCCCUUGUGUGAUAUCUGGCCUACACUCACCAACAAGGUCCGGUCCUCUAUCUAUGCCCAAAUAGCGGACUAUCUCCGUACAAUUCAUGACAUCGAGAUAGAACGGCCCGGGCCAGUCGGCGGUGGCAUCUCGCGCGGGCCGCUCUUUACUGAUUACGGGGCUGGGCCAUUCCUGACUUCUCGGCAUAUGGAAGAUUGGUUUAAUGAGCGUCUCCUCGUGUGCAAAGAAUUCAAUCGUGUUACAUACGACCAUCAUGGAUUCUCCGGCAAAUUCCGCAAGCUUGUUAUGUGCCAUAUGGAUGUCGCCCCUCGCAACAUGAUACUUGAUGGAGAUGGAAAUAUCUGGCUACUCGACUGGGCCCACUCCGGUGGAUAUCCUGAGCUAUUUGAAACGGCAGCGCUCUUGAGGACUGGCACUCCCGAAUUUACACAAGGACUACUGAAAUAUAUGGAUAACUACCAAGAAGAAGCAGAACAUUUACUGACGAUUGGUUUUGCAUUGACGACAGCAGCGUGGACAAAACCAUCUGGCCAUGUACCGCAGAGGACCUGCACGUAG